AUGAAUUGCAAUUACAAAGUUAUUGCGGUUUCUGAUGGAACGAAGGCAUGGAAGAUUUUGCAAAUCAAGCAAAUUGAGAUUGAUAUUGUAUUAACAGAAAUGGAGUUGCCGGAAAUAUCUGGAUUAGCACUUCUUUCUUUGAUGAUGGAGCAUGAAACUUGCAAAAAUAUUCCUCUUAUAAUGAUGUCUUCUCACGAUUCACGUAGCAUGGUAAUGAAUUGUAUGUGUAAAGGUGCAGCUGAUUUUCUAAUCAAACCUGUUCGGAGGAAUGAGCUUACGAACUUAUGGCAGCAUGUUUGGAGAAAGCAUGUUCUUAACAGGCCUCUCCAAAAUACAUCUGCACAAGAAAAACGUAAAGUUGCCAUCGAAGACAAUUUUACUGACAAUCAAUCCACUGAUUCUGUUUCUGUGGCUUCCUCACAGAAAAAUAAUGAAUGCAGUGAAAAAUUGAGUGAGGCUCAAUUAACAAAACUUGAAAGGGAAUCAACUAAGCUUAAUGAUGAAGCAAGAGACUCAAGGCUAGAACAAGACUACAGUACUUCUGAAGUUGAACCCAAAAUUGAAAUAUAUAGAGCUGAGUUAAGCAGAGAGAACCACGAUACUGAUACUGAGAUACGUGGAUGCAGUGAUGAAGGGAUGGAACCUUCUAGCAAAGCUAUUGACUUAAUUUCCACAGUUGGGAAUCUCCGAAAGUGCACUAAGGAAAUCCAUUGCGUUAAUGGUGAUAAAGAACCAAAGUAUGAUUUUGGAAAAGAUUUGGAGCUGUCUUUAAGAAGUGAUUUUUCCGGCAGCUCAUGCAAACAAGCAAGUGAAGCAACUGAGGAAUGGCAAAGAUUGAACCACUCAAAUACUUCUGCCUUUUCCCAGUUUGAUGGUAGUAAGAUGUUGUGGCCACUUUUUCAAAACUCCAAUUGGAGCUCUAAUAAACCUCAUGAAUUAUCAGUAGUUACUGCUGAUAAUUGCAUUCAAUAUGGUGGCCCGAUUAAAAUAGAAGAUAUGACUAAUGCAGUCACGGCUCAUUACGGACAAUUUGGACCGAAAUUAUUUAACACUGAACUCUUAGCUGAUAAUGUUCUCCAUCACAUGUUGAUUCCUAAAUCAAAUUGCCAAAAAGAGAGCUCUCCCUUUCCCUCAAGUUCCUCUUCCCAGUCCAAUUCUGAAAGUCACAAUUCAGACCAUCAUCAUAAUUGGUCUUAUGAUGCUAACUACAAUUUUCUUAAUCAAAAUGUUUCUGAAAAAUAUGAUUUGGAUCAUGUAGUGCAUGAUUCUCCUAGUGUUGGUUCGGGAUUCGGCAAUGACAUUUGCCGAGCUUCAAAUUAUAUUAAUAGUGACAAUGAUGAAAGAGCUACUUCAAAUGUGGUUACAAAGAAUUCAAGAAGUUCUAGUGAUUGUAGGCGCUACAGAAAUGAUUGUUAUGAUUAUGAUUAUGAUGAUGAUGAAUUUAGAUUGAGUGAUUCUCAUCGCUCCAGUCGAAGAGAAGCAGCUCUAAUUAGGUUUCGUUUAAAGCGAAAAGAGAGAUGCUACACGAAAAAGGUUCGGUAUCAGAGCCGGAAAAGAGUCGCAGAGCAGCGCCUUCGGGUGAAAGGGCAGUUCGUACGUAGAGAACACGAUCAUGAUAAUCCAAAUGCAGAUGCUAAUGGUGAUCAAUGA